AUGACUUCUUCGCAAGCAUACAAAAAGAAAUGCUGUUAUUAUUACGACGGCGAUAUUGGGAACUAUUAUUAUGGCCAGGGUCAUCCCAUGAAACCACACAGAAUAAGGAUGACCCAUAACUUGGUUUUGAAUUAUGGUCUUUACAGAAAGAUGGAAAUUUAUAGACCACAUAAAGCUACAGCAGAAGAAAUAACUAAAUUUCAUAGUGAUGAUUAUAUAAAAUUUUUACGCUGUAUUAGACCAGACAAUAUGUCAGAAUAUAACAAACAGAUGCAGAGAUUUAAUGUUGGGGAGGAUUGUCCUGUAUUUGAUGGAAUGUAUGAGUUCUGUCAGUUAUCCACCGGAGGCUCAGUGGCUGGAGCUGUGAAAUUAAACAAACAAGCAGCUGAUAUUGCAAUAAACUGGGCAGGAGGUUUACAUCAUGCUAAAAAAUCUGAAGCAUCUGGUUUCUGUUAUGUUAAUGAUAUAGUGCUAGCUAUUUUAGAAUUACUCAAAUAUCAUCAGAGAGUAUUAUAUAUAGAUAUUGAUAUCCAUCAUGGUGAUGGAGUGGAAGAAGCUUUUUAUACUACAGAUAGAGUCAUGUCUGUGUCAUUUCAUAAAUAUGGUGAAUACUUUCCUGGUACUGGAGAUUUAAGGGAUAUCGGUGCAGGGAAAGGAAAAUACUACGCAGUUAAUUUCCCAUUACGAGAUGGUAUUGAUGAUGAAAAUUAUGAAACUAUUUUUAAACCGGUAAUGACUAAAGUUAUGGAUAUGUAUCAACCUAGUGCUCUAGUAUUACAGUGUGGUGCCGACUCUCUAUCUGGUGAUAGACUGGGCUGUUUCAAUCUCACAUUAAGUGGUCAUGGUAAAUGUGUAGAGUUUAUGAAGAAAUGGAAUUUACCAAUAUUAUUAUUAGGUGGAGGAGGCUAUACCAUCAGAAAUGUUGCUAGAUGUUGGACAUAUGAAACAUCAAUAGCACUCAAUGUAGAAAUAGCCAAUGAAUUACCAUACAAUGAUUAUUUUGAAUAUUAUGGACCAGAUUUUAAACUACAUAUCAGUCAAUCGAACAUGGCAAAUCAAAAUACCGUAGAAUACAUGGACAAAAUAAAAACUCGAUUAUUUGAAAAUCUCAGAAUGUUACCACAUGCUCCUGGUGUCCAGAUGCAACCUAUACCAGAAGAUGCAUUGAAUGAAGAAAGUGAUGAUGAAGACAAAGACAAUCCAGAUGAAAGAAUCUCCAUUCGAGCUAGUGAUAAGAGAAUUGCCUGUGAAGAAGAAUUCUCUGAUAGUGAAGAUGAAGGAGAAGGAGGUAGAAAAGAUAGACAGAAUUACAAACCUAAAGCCAAACGAGCUAGAACUGAUGAAGAGAAGAAGGCAGAUGCUGAAAAAGGUUUUUAUUUGAUUCUUGAUUUAUGUAUCUUGCUGAUCAUUUAA